AUGGAACAAGUACUGGUGCCACACAUCGACCCUGCUCUACAGCACUGGGACAUUUUGGCCAAAGUUCCGUUUCUUGCAGUCUCUGAGUUUUCUGAGAAGGCGAAAAACGGCUCGCAUUUGCCGUCCUCUGGUGCAGCUACCGGAUGGCUUUCUUGUAACUGUGAAGACGGAUGGGGUCCAAUGUCCCCGAAAUACAGUGACUUGACUCCAUGUUUCUUUUCGGGUGCCUUGUACUUGGCUGCUGGUGUCGCCAUGGUCAUUUUUGGCUCUCUUCAAGUUAGGACUCUUAGGAACACGAAAAAGGCUACGGGUAACAAGAUCACCUGGGUUUUCUACUCCAAGUUGCUUUUGACGGCUCUUCAUCUUGUUUUCUCCAUUGUUUUGGUCUUGCUGUACCCUGGACAAGAAGACAUUUUGAAAACUGCUGACACUAUCAAUGUUGUGGCUGUUUUGGUGGCUUAUGCCAUUCACUACUUGGAGCAGUUCAAGAGCAACAUUUCCAAUGGCGUACUUCUUUUCUACUGGCUCUUUCAAAGUUAUUUUCCACGCGGGAAGAGUGCUUUCUUUGAGCUUGAGGUCUGA